UACUGCACCAACCGGACCUUCUGAAUCCACCACCAUCAGUCCAGCUGCUCAAUCUGCUUCUAACCAUCACUGACUAUGAGCGUGAUGCUGAAGUCGUGGCUGGUGGUCACCACUCUGCUCUGGUGUGUACUGCUGUAUCUGGGCACCGUGGUGGACGCCUAUCCACCCAAACCGGAGAACCCCGGAGAGGGCGCGGCACCCGAAGAGCUCGCCAAAUACUACACCGCUCUCAGACAUUACAUCAACCUGAUCACCCGACAGAGGUAUGGGAAGAGGUCGACUACUGACGGGAGUCUGGCCGACCUGCUGUUCGGUGACAGCAGCGAACACAAUCACAGAUCAAGAUAUGACGACUCGUAUAUGUGGUGAUGUUCUGUGUUUCCCCUCCCGUCUGGUACUGACCCACACCACCCCUGUGAUUCUCACCGAAACCCUGGACACAUCUCAGCCAUCAGUGCACAGAGUGACUCGACCGGCUCUCAUCGAUCUGUACAGAAUUUAUAGCUACGGAGAAAACGUUGUGCGUUCUUCAUUGUGUCCUACAGACGAUUCGUUGCUUUUGUUUGUACAUAUUAAUAAACGUGAUUAAAACUGACUUGGCGACA